AUGGCCGGUGCCCACGACGGACAGCGGCAUGUGGGGAGGGCAAUCCAAUCGGCUCUUGAUGCUACUCUCGAUGCCGGCCAGACCCCGCUGCGAUACCCAGUCCUGCCCCUCUGCACGAGAAGCAUCGGGCUUCGGGAGAAGGGAUGUCGUCCUGCAGGAAUGAGAUCCAGACACGAGGAGGCGCAGGCGAGAAAACCUCCAGGGCCACACCUCACAGUCUCAGACCAUGGUCGUGAGAUGGAAAGUCCUGGGCAGUCGAAAGAUUCGGAGAACUACCGAGGCAGGUUGAGAUUUGCACCAACUAUCGCUGGUGAUGUGCAGUAA